CGCCAUUCACUAAAGAAUACACAAAAAAGCCAUGGAUGAACUCAUAAUCUCUCCAUCUUCAUCAUCUUCCCUCGUCUCUUUUUCCCAAGAACCAACUACAGCUCUCCAACAGAGGUUACAGUUCAUAGUCCAGACGCAACCAGAGUCGUGGGCUUAUGCCAUCUUCUGGCAGACCUUAAAUGAUGACAAUGGCCGCAUCUACCUGGGGUGGGGGGAUGGCCAUUUUCAAGGCGCCAAAGAAAAUAACACCAGCACCAACACCAACCACCACUUGUUUCACACACACCGGCGCAAAGAUGUCAUGAAAGGAAUCCAAGCCCUCCUUGGAGAUACACACAAUGACAUGAUCAACGUCUCGAUGAUGGACGGCAGUGAUGUCACUGAUGUCGAGUGGUUCUACGUUAUGUCCCUCACUCGAUCAUUUCCCGCCGGCGAUGGAGGCCCUGGCAAGGCUCUUACCACUGGCUCCUUGGUCUGGCUUACUGGUGGCCACGAGCUACAGUUGUAUAGCUGUGAUAGAGCCAAGGAAGCAAACAUGCACGGCAUUGAAACUCUUGUCUUUGUACCAACUUCCAAUGGGGUUCUUGAAUUGGGUUCAUCUGAUUUGAUCCGUGAAAACUGGAGUCUUGUCCAACAGGUAAAAUCUCUCUUUGCUUCAGAUCUCAUCACCUUAGUUUCCAAGCAACCCAGUCCUAACCCCACUCCCAUCCCCUUCUUGGAUCGGAACAUCUCUUUCGCCGAUAUCGGUAUAAUUGCCGGGGUGCAGGAGGAAGAUGCUUCCCCUAAAGACAGAGAUAAUAAGGAGCCCAGAAAGGAUUCUUCUCCGGCAAAACCGGGUCAAUCCUCUUUUGUGGAUUCGGAGAAUUCGGAUUCGGAUUGUCCAUUGAUGAACAACGUCGGACCCAUCGUUGAGAAAAAAUUGCACAAGAAGCGUGGAAGGAAACCGGGUCUGGGGCGAGAGACUCCAUUGAACCACGUGGAGGCGGAGAGGCAGCGACGAGAGAAGCUCAACCACCGGUUCUAUGCCUUGCGAGCGGUGGUACCCAAUGUGUCGCGCAUGGACAAGGCAUCGUUGCUCUCCGACGCCGUUUAUUACAUCAACGAGCUGAAAGGAAAGAUCGAGGAGUUGGAAUCCCAACUACAGAAAGAGUCCAAGAAGGUGAAGCUGGAAAUGGCAGAUAACUUGGAAACCCAAAGUACAACCACAUCUGUUGAUCAGACCAAGUCUAACAACUCUGGUACUGGUAGUGGGGGCAGCAACAUCGGAGGUGGGCUUGAAAUUGAGGUGAAGGUGGUGGGUAACGAUGCUGUGAUAAGGGUUCAAUCGGAGAAUGUAAACUACCCAGCAGCAAGACUGAUGAGUGCAUUGCGUGAGUUGGAAUUUCAGGUCCACCAUGCGAGCAUGUCUUGCAUUAAUGAGCUCAUGCUUCAGGAUAUAGUGGUGAGAGUCCCUGAAGCAUCAAGAACCGAUCAGGAUGCUCUCAAAUCUGCUCUUCUCAGGAGAUUAGAUCAUCAGUAAGAUGACAUGCUACCCGAAUCAAUAUAUAUAAGCUUAAUUUGUUUUUCUUAUGGGUUAUGUUGAAUCAUGUGUUCAUUAAACUUGGUUUUGGUUCCAGUUCUGAUCA